GUCGAGCAGAAUUGAAAGUGAAAUGUUUGUAACCUGCGCCGAGUAGUUUCCUGUCUGUCUAGCUUUUAUUUGGGCGUGUCCCUGGCGAAAGUACACUGUGCAUUUGACUAUCCGAACGAUGGGUGACAAUAGUGUAAGGUUAGAACAUUAUGAAAUGCUAAAGGCAUUAUACGACUUCGAUGCCACCUUCGCUAAAACUCUCAGCUUUCGUGAAGGAGAUCAUUUUAUAUUCCAUCAGACCAAUACAAAGCAAAGAAAUUGGUGGCAAGUAGUGAAUAGUAAGGCUCAGGUUGGAUAUAUUCCAUCUAAUUAUGUCACUACCGUAAAGGUACAGCCACAAUUUUUCAUCGACUUUUUGGAUGGAUCUAUACUACUUCUACAAUCGGAAAGUAAUAAAAGCGGCGAUACGCAUAAGCAAGAUUUAUUAUCUAAUUUGCUGACGAGAAGAAAACAAAUAGUGUUACAUAAGAAACAACAAGCACCAAGUCAGAAAAAACAAGCACCAAUGCCUCCUGACUUUGGAAAUACUACUCCUACCAAAGAAACUAUUCCUUCUUCUAUAUGUCCUAAUUCAGAGGGAGAUGUCAGACAUAUACAGAGUAAUACUUCUUAUGUAACAGCACAAACGACUCUUCAUGGUAAUUCAGAUCAAGGAGAAGUAUAUAACACACAGUGUCGACGUCAGUCUGGAGCUGAACAACGUAGACAGUCUUUUCCUCGUCAGUCUAGUUCAGAGACAGUUCAAAAAACUUAUCCUACGGCGCCUGAAGUACGUAAGAGUCCUCCGCAGACUAGUGCACGAACAUCUCCUAAUGGUUCGCCUGUAAAAACUAAUUCCUUGUGUAAUAUAAAUUCCAAAACGGCUUAUCAAUUACUCGACAAAGUUCGUCGAAAUACUCAAUUAAGUUAUGAUAUGUCUAAAGUGGCAGUCAUAGUUGUUGUAUCUGACUUACAACAUCUGUUACCUGAAAGUGUAAAUCACUAUUUUGAAGCAUUACUGCAACAAUUAGAAACGCCGCUAACAGUAUCAAAAAUGAAUAUCGAAGAAACUUACGAUGCAAGUAGACUCAAAAUUAUUUUUACUGAACUCACUUCUUGUAAAGAAGAUUCUCAGCAAAGAAAUUGGAUGCUUUACGAGGAUGAAUCUGUUAUAGUAGAAAACAUCACUGAGCUUACAUCUAUACUGACAAAUGCAGAUGCAAAUGUUUCAAGAUACAUUUUAAAACAAGAUCAAUACAAUGGUGUUAAUGUAUUAAUUCAGUAUUAUCAAAUGGAGCCUAGAUGGACUAUAAGACAAUUAUUGUUGCAAUCAUUUGGUGUAAUGUGUAGUUUAGAUUCUAUCAUUUUAACUAUUAUGUUAAACAGCAUAUUACCAAUGGAAUUAGCAAGAGAUAUGAGGAGUAAUCCAAGAAAUGUACAGAAAUUAAAUUAUUCUUCAUUGCUGCUUAGUAUGAUUUUUUCAAUGGGUGAACCAAUGCCAGUUACACAUUGGGAACAACUAGGAUCUGAUUUUGUCUCGUUCCUAUUGGAUUUGAUAGAAAAUCCACCAGAUUCUGAUUUGGAAGAUCAAAUUCCUGAUUUAUUCAUUAAUUUAAUAUUAUCAUAUAAUUUGCAAUUUACGAAUUCGGAAAAUCCAUUAAUAAGUGCAUUAAAAGAAAGGACAGUAGCAAAAAUUUUUACUGAAAAAAUCCUGUUUCUGUUUAACAGAGAAGAGGAUCCAGUAAGAAUAUUUGAUCAUGAACCACAACCUCCUCAUUCCGUAUUGAAAUUGUUUAUUGAUCUAUUUAAUAACGAUUAUACAGCAAGUCUUUUCUAUACUAAUGAUGUGAAAGUUUUGAUUGAAAUUAUUUUGAGGCAACUUUUUGAUAUGUAUCCUGGCGAUAAGCGCAGACAAUAUUUAGAACUAUGUCGUAGAGUAUUACGUACUUCAAAUUAUAAUGAACAUCGGCAUCAAUCCGAAGAUCUCUUAAAAUGCUUUACAAGGAUAUUUUGCGAGGAAACGACUGAGAGUCAAGAGGACCAACGAUUGGUACGUGAAAUUAGCAAUGAGUUUCCACAUUUGUUUAAAAUGUGACCUUUACUUUCAUCCUCCGAUAAUAAAGACUUGGAGGAAGAUGAUUUACAAACUCUCGUAUAAAGCACAAAACUUGAAAGUAGGACUAGGCAGAUAUUUACUCGACUUUCUGGUGAGAAAUCUUCCUUAUUUUUUAUAACUCGCCUUCUCUAAUAUACAUAUAUUAUAUAUUUUUUUUGCUCAAAAAAACCACUAUCAAUGAUAAGAUGCACACUAUAUGAAAGAAUCUCGAUGAGAUAUUCUAUUUGCCGAGUUGAUGUCAUUUCUUAGAUUUAUGCCUUCGGUAGAAAAAGUGUUACCUGCUAAUAGUGACAGAUAUGUGAUUACAUGUUACCAAAAUGAAGAAAAUUAUCGUACAUAUAUAUCAUUAUAUAUGUACGUGUAUCUACCUAUAUAUCAUAUGUUUAGCGUUAUUCGAGAGAAAUUUCUCAUUCCAAAUACGAGGACCAUGACCAUAUAUUAUCGUCCUAUUUUACCCUUUGAUAUUUAAAUAUGAGUUAAAACAAUUUAAAACAGUUAGAUAUAAUAAUGAUCCUAUUGCGAAAGAUUAUUUGCGAAUUUGUUGCAUUUUUGGAACUUUUAAUGAUAUUAAGAAAGAAAAAGACGAACAAUUUAGUCUUACAAAUAGUUAUAUAUCUUCGUGUUAAGCAUAAUCUAGUCGAGGACUACAUAUAUUAUAUAUUAUAUAUAUAUGUGUGUGUAUAUAUAUAUAUAUAUAUAUAUAUAUAUAUAUAUAUAUAUAUCGGAAUAGAACUUUAUCAUCACGUUUCUUAUCUUUACGUGCUAUAUUCUUUGGCAGAAUCUAUUUCGAUAGAAUCGAACAUUUAAAAUGCAAGUUUACGUGAAAACGCCUCUGUGCCACUUACAGUUAUCGAAUUUCCUAGUCUAUCGCUAGUAACUAUAUUUUUUUAAAAGUAUAGUAGUACGUUAUGUUUACACGACUAUUAGACAAAUUAAAUUAAGCGAGUCAAUUUCAACAAAAAAAAAAAAAAAAAUGCUACUAAUGAUAUUAUAAUUACCAUCAAAUGUUGAACGAAUAAAAACGUUUAGGAGA